GGUGGUGCAAGACAAAGUGUCUCAUCCACUUGUAGAUAAUUACCAACGACACCAUGAUUACCUUCGAAUUUCCAUUACCGAGCGUUGUAAUCUCAGAUGCACGUAUUGUAUGCCUGAAGGAGGCGUCCCACUUUCUGCAGCAGGCAGUCUUUUAACCACGACCGAGAUUCUUCGUCUCGCUCAAUUAUUUGUUUCUCAAGGUGUAAAAAAGAUUCGUUUGACGGGAGGUGAACCCACCGUAAGACCUGAUAUUUUGGCCCUGGUAGAAGGUCUAGGACGGUUGAAAGGAAAAGGGUUGGAGAGUCUAGCCAUGACAUCCAAUGGCAUUGCAUUGAAACGCAAAUUACCACAAUUGGUAGCCUCUGGCUUAGAUACCUUGAACGUUAGUUUGGAUACCUUGGAUCCGCAUCUAUUUGAAAUCAUGACCCGUAGAAGAGGAUUUCAUCGCGUGACGGAGGCCAUUGAUGAGGCCAUACGUUUGAAUAUGAAACAUGUCAAGAUUAAUACCGUCGUCAUGCGAGGCGUGAAUGAUGCCGAAGUACUCAAUUUCGCUGCCUAUACAAAGGAUCGACGGGUGAAUGUGAGGUUUAUUGAGUAUAUGCCGUUUGAUGGAAACCAAUGGAAUCGACAAAAGUUGGUACCCUUUAAGGAACUCAUUGGACGUAUUGAAGCGAUGUAUGGUCGGUUAGAUAGGUUAACAGAUACUGCCAAUGAUACCACCAAGCAUUAUAAGGUACCUGGAUAUCAAGGUAAAUUAGGCUUCAUCACAUCCAUGACAGACCAUUUUUGUGGUACAUGCAAUCGAUUACGUAUUACAGCGGAUGGUAGUAUUAAGGUGUGUUUGUUUGGAAAUACAGAGGUAUCGUUACGUGAUUUGAUCCGAAAGGAGAGUACGGAUGAAGAGAUUGUGCAAGUCAUCAGUAUGGCUGUCAAGAAAAAAAAGAAGCAGCAUGCGGUCAAACAAAGUGUGGGUAUUCCAAGCUACUUGCUACAGACAGAAAAUGUGUCUGUGGGACAACAAAGAAGAGCUUAUUCGCAAGCGAGAUUGACGCAUACCGAUGAAGAAACAGGCGAAGCACGUAUGGUGAGUGUGACGGAAAAGGCUAGUACGUUUCGAGAAGCCAAAGCGAUGGGAAGAAUUGUGAUACCACAAGAAGCGUACGAUUUACUCAAGAAGAAUGAGAUGCAUACAGCCAAGGGGAACGUAUUGACCGUAGCGCAGAUAGCAGGUAUUGGAGCCGCUAAAAGUACAUGGCAGUUGAUCCCCUUAUGUCAUCCCUUGUUAUUGGGCUUGAUUGAAGUAAGAUUGUGGUUGGAUGAUGAGAGACGGAGUGUGGAAUGUCGGUCAAGAGUGCAGACGAGUGGGAAAACUGGAGUAGAGAUGGAGGCAUUGACAGCCACAAGCGUGGCUUUAUUGACCGUCUAUGAUAUGUGUAAAGCAGCCAGUAAAGAAAUGCGUAUCGAAGGGAUCCGUGUCGUUGAAAAAACCGGUGGUAAAAGUGGGUUCUGGCAAUCGAAUGAAAAUGAUGAUGAGGGUGUACAACAGGAAAAUUAACACUUUUUGCAACCAAUGAAGAUUCUAGAAUCCAUCCUUCUAUUUUCAGCAUAAACUUAUUACAUAACAAUCAUAAGAUUUCGUAAGCAAAUAAUAAAAUUAUUACCCGUAGCAGAUUUAGAGGC